GAGACAUCGAAAAAAUGCAUAAUGGUGGCCUUCUAUGUGAUCGGCGUCAUUCUGAAGCUACCCCAUCAAUUAAGCCAAAACUUUCAAUGCCUCUUACUCGCUGCGCAAUUGCUAAUAGUGGCAAUUAUGGAGGAACACAUCAAGGAAGUGUGCCAACUCCAUUAUUUUGUGCAUCAUCAACAAUUAUACUAAAACCAGGUAAAACACCUCCAAAAGCAGGAGUGAACAACGAGAAUGACGCAACCGCAAUAAAUAAAGAAGAGGAUGAAGAAACGAUUGAGCAUUCAGGCAAAUGUAUUAGUAUUGGGAAUGGGAAAUAUGAGUUUUGGGAUACACCUUCAGCUUUAGUUGGCCGUGGCAGUUAUGGAAUCGUCUUUCGAGGAACUCAACUUUCUCGCCGUAAGCCUGUUGCCGUCAAACGAAUGUGGCGUAUGAAUGUUCGCCCAGAUGAGUUGGAAGCAAUGAAAUGUGUUCAUAAUGAAAACCUAGUUUCGCUUUUGGAUGUUUGUCUUGAUGUUAAUGACACAAUAAGUUAUUUGGUUAUGGAGUUGUGCGAUACUGACUUGGACAGGCAUUUGAAAGAUUCAUCUUGUGGUCAUUUGGAAUCAGCGGAUAUUCGUGUUGUUGUUGAGAGUGUUGCUCGUGGAUAUUUUGCUCUGUAUGAAAAACAUAUUGUUCAUCGUGAUAUCAAGCCUCAAAAUAUUUUACUUCUUUACAACAAAUUUUCUGAUAAGAAUGAACGUCGAAUUCAUAAUGCAAAAAUUACUGAUUUUGGCGUAUCUAGAGUACUUGCCGAUGAGAAUAUGGGACUUUGCAAUGUAGCUGGCACUCUUCUCUUUAUGGCACCUGAGGUUGGUGCUAAUCUAGUUGCUGUUAGUGAAUAUGAUCAUCGAGCCGACAUGUGGAGUAUUGGCUGUUUGUUUUUCCAAUGUUCGAGUGGGUUCACGCCUUUCGAUGAAGCUUCGCUUUGUCGAUUAUUUUUGCACUGCGCAUGCGGCAAUUUUGAUGGAUAUGAGGUCCCUGAAUUACCACCUGAAACGGAACCUGCCUUUCGACUACUAAUCUGCUCUUUGCUUCAAAUCGACAGUGUCAAAAGGCCAACUCCUCGUCAAUUAUUGGAUGCGGCUGAACGUUUAUCAUAA